AUGGCUUCCGUGAUGCCUUUCGAUCCCUACGACGACGAUGUCGACAACAACCCAUUUGCAGAAGAGGCGCCGCAGGCGGGAGCCCUUGUGGAGGCAGAAGCGUCGGGCGAGGCCUCUAGAGAGGCCGCCGGAGAGGCGUCGAGCGAGGGCGCAGCGGACACAGGAGACAAGAGUGUAGUCCCUCCACUGGCGGACCUACUACCCGAACGGCAUCAGGACAAGUACCAUCUGGUGGCCAAGGUGACUGGGCUAGAGCGCGUGGGCACGCUGGCGCAUCGCCGCGAGUGCCCGACAGUGUUGUUUGAUGUGUCCACGAACCUGCCGACGUUCCGCAAGAGCCAGCACAAGGGACUUAAAAAGACAUACGAGGAAUUCCAGGAGGUUUUCAAGUACCUCAGCGGCGCAGUCCCGGAGACAUUUGUGCCUGCGCUGCCGCCGCCGAGCACGAGCUACGGCAUCAACAACCCGGAGGACACGCACAAGACUAUGGCAAACUUCAACCGCUGGCUCGAGCGUGUGUGUGCGGAUCCGCUGCUCGUGCGGAACGAGGAGCUAGCGUUCUUCAUGGAGAGCGACUUCAACACGUAUACGCCAAUGAACAAGUCGCGGGCGCCUGCGUCCGGGCUGCUGCGCAAGACCAUGAAGCAGCGGCCGCCGCCAUAUGACGAGGUCACAGAGCUCGCUGAGUUCCGCCCGCUGGUCAAGUCCAUCUAUGUCGUCGCACAGGAUGUGCAGGCCAAGCUGUUGCGCAUGACCAAGACGCGCAAACAAUUGUCCCACGAGGAAAGCGCGUUCGGCCAGAGCUUCCACCAGCUAACGGUGGAGCAUGACGGCCACAGCCGCCUGUACCAGCGCUUCGGAAAGGUGCUCACCGCUGUGGGCGACCUCGACAGCAUCAUGGCCACGUUCGACAUGGCCACUCUCUACGACAGCCUGGAGUGGGUCGUGCGCGACGCCUACGUCGUCAAGGAGACACUCACUGACCGCCAUUUCCUUAUGCGCGACCUGCUGCAGGCGCAAAGCUGCACGCGUCUCAAGCAGGACGCGGCGCGCCGCCUGCGUGCCAAGCGUGACAUUUCCCCGCUCAAAGUCGAUGACGCCAUCCAGCAACUGAAACUCGCUACUAAAACCGAGCACGAUCUCUCACGACGCCUGCAGCGUGUUACCGCAAACAUGCGCAUCGAGCGCUCGCGUUGGGUCGACAAUUUGUCUAACUCGCUUCUUGCCGCCGUCCGCGAGUACACCCUGCGCAAGAUAGAGUAUGAGCGGAAGAAACUCUCGCUGCUCGAGCGUGUUCGCGCUGACGUCAGACUUGUCGACACCCAGGGCGGUCUCUCCCGCCUUGGGCGGCAUCAAUUGGUCGCAUCACCUCUUCCUACACCGUCCCAGUCACUCUCCCACGGCGACUCCUGGACCUCAGACCGUCGCGCCAGUCAUUGCUUGUCGAGCUCCGACCUCGAACCCCACCUGCUACAGGGCCUCGAUUCUCCGUCCCCUGGUGCAUUCCGCGACUCGCCAGACAUUUCUGGGCCGUUGGACGCGCGCCAAGCCGCAACCAUCCUUGGUACCAGCACCUUCUGA